AUGAUAAUGGCGAUGAGAGUUGAUUACAACAUCAUCAUCACUUCCGCCAUUAUUGUAGCUGCUGCUUCUAUCAUCAGUUCAACAACCGCAGCAACAACAGUUCCAGGACUCAUAAACAUCGUGAAUUUGGGAGCAAUAGCCGACGGAAAAACAGACUCAACCCUACCAUUUCAAUCUGCAUGGGCUUCUGCAUGUUCUUCAUCUAAACCAGUCACUAUCUACGUCCCCUCCGGCAGGUUUUUCAUCCGAUCAGCUUAUUUCCAGGGCGAACGCUGUAGUAACAAAGCAAUCAACUUCCGUAUUGAUGGCACCCUCCUUGCUCCGACAGACUACGGGAAAUCCUCUAGUGAUGUCUGGAUUAAGUUUGAAAAGGCCACCGGUGUUUCUAUCUCCGGUGGAACUUUAGAUGGUCGGGGAGCCAAUCUCUGGGCUUGCAAAGCCUCUUCCAGUUCUUGUCCCACCGGUGCAAACACGUUAGGGUUCUUCAAUUCAAGAGACAUCAUGAUCAAUGGAUUGUGCUCCAUAAACAGCCAAAAGUUCCACAUCGUGAUGGACGGAUGCCAAAAUGUUAAUCUUCAAGGAAUCACGAUAUCUGCUCCUGGAAACAGUCCCAACACCGACGGCAUACACAUUGAAUUCUCCACCGGCGUCACUGUUCUCAACUCCCGAAUUGCCACCGGAGACGAUUGUGUAUCCAUCGGACCAGGUUCAUCUAACCUCUGGAUACAAAGCAUCACCUGUGGCCCUGGCCAUGGUGUCAGCAUCGGCAGUUUAGGGUGGACUGCAAAGGAGGCCGGAGUCCAGAACGUGACGCUGAAAACGGCGACAUUUAGAUCAACGGAGAAUGGGGUUAGGAUCAAGACAUGGGCUAGGGAAAGUAAUGGGUUCGUAAAGGGAGUUGUGUUUGAAGAUUUAACGAUGGUGCAAGUUCAAAAUCCGGUGAUAAUUGAUCAGAAUUAUUGUCCAGGUGAGGAUGAUUGUCCUCAUCAGUUGUCCGGCGUCACCAUUUCUGAUGUUCUAUAUGAAGAUAUUCGUGGUACAUCAGCGACAGAUGUUGGGGUGAAACUGGAUUGCAGCAAGGAGCAUCCAUGCAGUGGGAUAAAAAUGGAGGAUGUGAACUUGAGUUACGAUAACCGACCUGCUCAAGUUUCAUGCACCAAUGCUCUUGGAACCACCGGUGGUGGUGGUGGCGCUGCCGCAGUAAUCCACCAUACAACCUCUAGUUCCUGUUUAAUGUAA